AUGGGACAGCUUCCUCUGGAAAGAGUAAUCCCGUCUCGGCCAUUCCUUAAUUCCGGUGUGGAUUAUGCCGGUCCGCUUCACCUCAAAAAUUGGAGAGGAAGGAAUUCUCGAACCUAUAAGGCAUGGAUUGCCCUUUUUGUAUGCCUUUCGACAUCGGCAGUGCAUAUCGAACUUGUCACUGAUUGCUCUACUGAAGCCUUUAUCGCUGCUUAUAAACGGUUCACGUCAAGAAGAGGAAUAUGCGCAACGUUAAUUAGCGAUUGUGGAACGAACCUGAAAGGAGCUGAUGUCGAACUUCAGCAGUUGUUCUCAGCUUCCUCGAAGGAACAUGAGAAUCUAGCAUCACUUUUAGCCAAUGACGGUACACACUGGAAAUUUAUCCCGCCGUCAGCACCACACUUCGGUGGAAAAUGGGAAGCUGGAGUUAAGUCCGUUAAGCACCAUCUAAGAAGAGUCGUUGGAGAUCAUCUACUAACUUAUGAAGAAAUGAUAACCUUUCUCACGCAAGUUGAAGCAGUGCUUAAUUCUCGACCACUUUGUCCUCUCACCGAUGAUUCAGAUGAUCUCCAAGCCUUGACAUCUGCACACUUUCUCAUUGGAAGUACAUUGACUACUGUACCUGAACCUUCACUUGAAACCAUCAAAGUCUCGCAUCUUUCUCGAUGGCAACUAACCAGGCAAAUGCUCGAAAGAUUCUGGCAUCAUUGGUCAAAGGAAUGUCUGCAGCGUUAUCUGGCCAUCUACAAAUGGAAUAAAAAUACCCCUUCUCUCCGCGAAGGCACUCUCGUACUAAUUACGGAUGAACGAUAUCCUCCCUCCAAGUGGCCUUUAGGCAGAAUCAUUACUUUACAUCCCGGUAAAGAUGAAAAUGUUCGAGUUGUCACUGUUCGUACUCAAACCUCUACACUAAAAAGACCUGUUGUCAAGCUCUGCCCUCUUCCAACGAUUCCAAGUAAUUGA